AUGUCGUUCGCUCUAUUCUUGACUCCCCCACCACCUUCUGGUUCUUCUAUUCCUUCUGAAUCUUGUAUUCUGAAACAGAGAAACUUCAAUCUGGCGAGACAUCUCCUUAUGGAAGUAUCUCGAUUCGUUGAUCAUCAAGUCGACGUGCAGAAAUCGACGAAUCCAACUCGUCCACGUCUUCCAUCAUUCUUCGUGAAGACAUUCAAUUAUCUGAAAUCUCAGGAGACGUCAUUAAAAUACGUGGAUUCAUAUCUCAAUAUUCUUCCACAUACCAUCCAAAUGCAGCUGUUAACUGAAUUCGGACCAUCAGAAGAUUAUCCGAAAUUAGAUGAGAAAGGAUAUUUCAUUGAGACGCCCAUUCCACUUCUCGAUCAAAUUGUUCAAUUGGAAAAAGAUGUGAUCGAUUACGUGACGAAUGCUUACAAGUGCACUGGAAAGGUUCUUGAUAUACCACAUUCAUUCUACAAAACAUACGAUCGAUUGGUUGGAGAAUCGAAGGGAGUCAAUGAAGAAAUGAAGAGAAGAAUCCUUGGAGUCACUGGAAAUAUUCUCAGAUCAAUCAUCCAGAAUAUUGGAAAUCAAAUCGAUUCAUCCUACUUCUCUCGUUCGACAUUCAAUCACUUGCAACUCAGAUAA